ACAGCACUAACACAGACACCUCCUUUCUUUUUUUGAACACCGGCAGCUUUCUCCUUCGCUCAUUCGAAAUCACCCUAAAAUUCUCUGCCUGAAACUGCAUUUCUUUAUGUACAGAUGAUAUGAGUUCCUCGUCUUUAACCAGCUGCUCAGUCUGCUGGAGCUCUUCUCGCUUGUUGGUAUCAAAUGCUUUUGUGGCCAAUGAAGGCCAUAAGAAGAAGACGAAAGGCUACCCAAAAGGUGCUUCGAGGCUGAGGCUAAUAAGGGCAAGCAUCUCUACAGAUCCUCUAAUUGUUCAGGCUGCAAGAGGUGAUCCUAUCAGCCGGCCGCCAGCAUGGAUGAUGCGUCAAGCUGGAAGAUACAUGGCUGUUUACAGAAAGCUUGCAGAGAAAUACCCAUCCUUUAGAGUGCGAUCUGAGACAGUCAAUCUCAUUGUGGAAAUUUCGCUGCAGCCAUGGAGGGCCUUUCGUCCCGAUGGUGUUAUAAUAUUCUCAGACAUACUAACUCCCUUACCUGCAUUUGGGGUCCCAUUUGACAUAGAGGAAGUAAAGGGACCAAUUAUUACUUCCCCAAUACGUUCCGAGGAGGGAUUAAAGGCACUACAUCCUAUUGAGUUGGACAAACUACAUUUUGUAGGGGAAUCUCUAAGAAUUUUGCGAAACGAGGUAGAAAGUGGAGCAGCAGUCCUGGGUUUUGUGGGUGCACCAUGGACGAUUGCUACAUAUAUUGUAGAAGGUUGUACAACUCGUACAUAUGCAACUAUUAAAGGCAUGUGCCAUACUGCACCACAUAUAUUGAAGGGUCUUCUCUCUCAUCUUACACAGGCAAUAACUGACUAUAUUGUUUUCCAAGUUAAUUCUGGAGCGCAAUGCAUUCAAAUAUUUGAUUCAUGGGGUGGCCAGCUGACACCUGAUAUGUGGGAGAAGUGGUCCAAACCAUAUAUUACAGAGAUAGUGAGCAAAGUAAGAAAGGGGUGUCCACAAAUACCACUGGUGCUCUACAUAAAUGGAAAUGGAGGUCUUCUUGAACGCAUGAAAGGAACUGGAGUUGAUGUAAUUGGGCUCGAUUGGACUGUGGAUAUGAAAGAUGGUAGGAGGCGCUUAGGAGAUGGGAUUGGCUUGCAAGGAAAUGUCGAUCCUGCUUUUCUCUUUUCUCCGCUUCCUGCACUAACUGAAGAAAUUCAACGGGUUGUGAGAUGUGCUGGGCGCAGGAGGCACAUACUUAACUUGGGACACGGCGUACUUGUGGGUACUCCCGAGGAGGCUGUUGCUCACUUCUUUGAUGUCACGAGAGAGCUGAGGUAUGAUCAACUUUUUGGAGAAGACCUGGCCCCAGAUCUUGCUUCUGUACUUUGACCUCAUCUUUGAACAUUUCAUGUCUUCGCGGUUUGUAUCAGUAGAGUGCGAAUUUCUUGUUUUUCAAGUGAUAAUUUUGAUUUAUUGGAGUUGACCUCUAUGUUCUAGGAGAGGUUAAAUGUGUAUCCCCUUAAGACUGGGUUUGCAGCUGGCCAAUGUCAAAAUGAGCACGGUGGUGGCUUAGUGCAGUUAGCUCCGCCUAAAUCUUCAUUAAGGGCUCUGAAUUCUUGUACAGAAAAAUUUGUAUGUGGGCCUUUUCUCCAAUUCUUGGU